UUAGAGUUAAUUAGAGCAUGGAAUUGGUUGCUUGAGCCAGCCAGGAAAAUGAAUGACUUGGCACAAUUUAAGUCCUUGGUGAACAUGCAGACUGCAAAGAAAAAAAUAUUUUUUGCUAGUUACCGAAAAAUUUGUUUACACCUGCUGAUAAACAUGAGUUAUUGCACUUGAUCAUGUCAAUUUUUCUAAAACAAGACAAGGUGGAACUAAAAGAUGGCUGAAAUAAAACACGACUUCACUCUCUGUCUAAGCAAUGUGAUCAAACAUGAGAAGGAGCAAGAAGAUCAAGAAUACUUAUCAUCAGAACAAGGAGAUAUCAAAGUUUUCCGGACAGACGAUAUCAAACAUGAUCCACAUCUUCACUUGGGUAAUGUAAUCAAACAUGAGAAGAAAGAAAGUCUGAAUGAAAUAUGUUUGUUAACACAGUCAUGUGAACUACAAGACAUGAAAUUGUCACAUGUAAAAAUUGAAAAGACUGAAGGAGAUGAAGCAGCUUUUUCUAUGCAGCCAUUUGAAAACUACUGUCAUGGUCAAAGUUCUAACGAUAAUGUGAUUCCUGAACAUCAGUUGUUUGUCGCACAGGGAAAUGCUUUAAAGCAAGAUAUGAAAAUAAAUAGCUGUACUGAAAGUUGUAAACCCUGGCUCUUAGCAACAAGACUACUGGCUAUGUCAAAGAAGGAGGACUGCAGUAUUUAUCCAGUGCCUAUUAUUAUGCCAAAUGUCAAACUUACAGGGCAUAUACCUGACCCAGAAGUGCCUUUGAGUGAGGUAAAAGAAACUUCGAAAAGUGAUAUAGUUCAUAGUAACAAAGUUAAUCAUAUGGAACCAAACCAUUCCAAUCAAAUUGUUUCAGAGAAGGAGGUGAAUAAUUCUACUUAUAAUGGUAAUCAUCAGAUCGAUAAACCUUUCAUAUGUCAAAUUUGUCAAAAAGGAUUUUCUUACUCGAAAACUUUAAAAAAGCAUCAGUUGAUUCAUACUGGGGAAAAACCAUUUCAAUGUCAUGUAUGUGAAAAAUCAUUUUCUCUGUCCUCAUCUUUGAAACAACACCAGCUGAUUCACACGGGGGAAAAACCAUUCAAAUGUCAAAUAUGUCAGAAAGGAUUACUUACAUUGUCGUCACUGAAAGAACAUUGGGUGAUUCACACUGGUGAAAAAACAUUUAUCUGUCAAAUUUGUCAAAAAGCAUUUUCUAACUCUAAAGCUUUAAAAAAACAUCAGGUGGUUCAUACUGGUGACAGACCAUUUAAAUGUCAAGUUUGUCAGAAAGAAUUUUCCCAGUCUUCAAUUUUGAAACAACAUCAAUUGGUUCAUACUGGUGAAAAACCAUUUCAAUGUGAAAUUUGUCAGAAAGAAUUUUCUAGAUCUUCAAGCCUAAAAACUCAUCUAAUGGUUCAUAAUGGUGACAAACCUUUUAUGUGUCAAAUAUGUCAUAAAGGAUUUUCUCAGUCUGCUAAUUUGAAACAACACCAGUUGGUUCAUACUGGUGAAAAACCAUUUCAAUGUCCUAUAUGUCAGAAAGGAUUUUCUAGCUCUUCACAUUUGAAAAACCACCAUAAGAUUCAUACAGGUGAAAAAGCAUUCAUAUGCCAAAUAUGUCAAAAGGGAUUUUCUAACUCUUCUGACCUGAAAAAACACCAGUUUUUCCAUACUGGUGAGAGACCAUUUAAAUGUCUACUAUGUCAAAAAGGAUUUUCUACAUCAUCAAAUUUAAUAAGCCACCAGCUGGUUCAUUCAGGGGAAAAGCCAUUCAAAUGUCAAAUAUGUCUAAAAGGGUUUUCUAGCUCUUCAUAUUUAAAACAUCAUCAGUUGCUUCAUGCUGGAGAAAAACAUUUGAAAUGAUAAGCAUUUUAGAAACAGUUUUCUUUACUGAGAAAACUUAUCAGGCGCUAAAAAAAAAUUCUGAGAACUAUAAAAAAAACAACAACUUUUCUAUUUCAUUUUUGAAGAAACAUUGAUUGGUUCAUUUUGAGGGUCCUUUUGCAACCAUUAAACUACACUUACAUCAGAUCUGGAGGAAGUGGUUGGCUUCUCUCCAGUAAGGCUAGAACAGAAAUAUUUUAAAAUCCUUUCAUGCCAAUUUCAGUCAGGGUGUAUCAGUCAUUUGACAUUACACAGAGAAGUGCAUAGAAGCCCAAUUCUUCAAGCGCUAGUUGUCUGUGUGUUAUUUGUGUUUGCAUCUAUAUUGUUAUUGUUAUAGUUGAAAGAUAGUAGCUUUGUGAAGUUUAUCAAAUUGGCCAAUGUGUGUUCGAUCAUUUAGGCUGAGUUGUAAAGUCUUUGACUAUUGAGCUGGUGGGUCACUGGUUUGAAUCCUGGUGCCUCUAAGUCCACCCAGCUCUAAUGGGUACUGGACAUUAGUUGUGGAAAAGGUGCUUGGUUGUGCUGGCUUUAUUGCACCCUUGUUAACCAUGGGCUACAGGAACAGAUGAUCUGAAAGGGGAACUUUACUAAUCUUAUCAUGAAACUGCUUCUCACAGAGCUCUUCCAUAAGAUAGGUCAUGCAGUAUAGAAGAUUAGGUAUCUCUAUUAUCUAUAAGGCAGAUGAUGUAAAGGUCAUGUUUUUAUGAGGGUGUUUUGUGGCCAGCUUUUACUUUUCCCAAUUAAUGUCAGAUACGGUACUUAUUAGAGUUGGGUGGACUCAGGGGUGUCCUAAAAGUCCCAGUCUUCACCAAGAAUGAAACUCUAGACCACUCAGUUUGGUAGCCAAGUGCCUUAUCACUCAUCCACUACGACCUUUAGUGAUACAGUAUAUGAAAAUAAAACUAUCUUUUAAGUUCAAUCUUAAAGGAUAGAUUUAGGUUAUCAAAACAAAUUUGUGUUAAAGGCAAUUUAGACAUGUAGUAAUUAGAUUUUAUAUUAAUAAAAUUCAUUCUAUGGUAUGUUUGAAAUCUUUUAUCUCAGUUUCACAAAAUAAUUGUUUUAAAAAAAAAGGAUUUAUAAAAGUGCAAUAAUUUUGUUUUCUGUUAAUGUGUUUACAGUUUUCACUUGACACGUAUGACACCUAGAGACCUAACAAGGCUUUAGGAUUUAUUAAACAUA